AUGAAUAUAGCUGCAAUCUCAGACGCCGAGAGGAAUAAACCAGCGAGACGGCUAGAGGAAGUUACCGUGGCAUCUAGCCCCAAAGCUACAGAGGAUUCGCUGGUCGCUGCCAUUGCUGACCGGAGCCGGACUCCACAAGCCACGCUGGCUUCCCAUGGAGCUCAAGACGCGCGCACGGGCGGGAUGCUCUUGGCAACCGAGAUCGACGAGCCGCCGGCGUCCUCGUACUGCCCUGAAAGUGCGGACCAAAGGAAGAAUGUGGAGGAGAAAAGUCCCAUACAUACGGCAGCUCUUGUUGGAAGUGAACAAGUCAUCGAAAGUACAGAUAAUGGUGAUCUCUCAUCCUAUGUGUCUGAGUUCAUAGAAAAGGAAGUUGGAAAUGACCUUAAAUCUUUAAAGAAACUUGAUAUACUCAUAGGACAGAUGACAGAAAGUAAAAUGCAGUUAGAAGAACAGGUACUUACAAUUUCAUCAGAGAUACCUAAAAGAAUUCAAAGUGCCUUAAAAAAUGCAGAAGAGUCAAAGCAAUCCCUUAAUCAGCUUCUAGAGCAAGAAUCGCAGCUCUCUAGCGCCAUUAAUAGUCACUUACUGACCGCACAGCCUUGGAUGGAUGAGCUUGGGACCAUGAUUAACCAAAUUGAAGAGAUUGAACGGCAUCUCGCUUACCUAAAAUGGAUUUCACAAAUUGAAGAACUAAGUGAUAACAUUCAACAAUAUCUGAUGACCAACAAUGUGCCAGAGGCAGCCUCUACUCUGGUGUCUAUGGCAGAACUUGACAUCAAGCUUCAGGAAUCAUCCUGUACUCAUCUUCUUGGUUUCAUGAGAGCUACUGUUAAAUUCUGGCAUAAAAUUCUCAAGGACAAGCUUACAAGUGAUUUUGAGGAAAUAUUGGCACAGCUUCACUGGCCAUUCAUUGGACCUCCUCAGUGUCAAACUGUUGGCUUAAGUCGACCAGCCAGUGCCCCUGAGAUAUACACUAACCUGGAGAUUUUGUUUUGUCAGCUUAUGAAACUGCAAACCUCAGAUGAAUUACUUACUGAGCCAAAACAACUCCCAGAGAAAUACACUCUACCUGCAGCCUCACCUGUCAUCCUGCCCAUCCAGAUUAUGCUGACUCCCCUACAGAAGAGGUUCAGGUAUCACUUCAGAGGGAACCGGCAGACCAAUGUUAUCAGCAAGCCUGAAUGGUACCUGGCUCAGGUGCUUCUGUGGAUUGCAAACCACACUGAGUUUCUGGAUGAGAAGAUCCAGCCGAUAUUAGACAAAGUGGGCUCCUCGGUAACUGCCAGGUUUGAAUUUUCUCGGGGCCUUAUGCUGCUGGUUCUUGAGAAGCUAGGUUCUGAUAUUCCUUGCCUGCUGUAUGAUGACAGUCUCUUCUGUCAUUUGGUGGAUGAAGUGCUUUUGUUUGAAAGGGAGCUCCACAGUGUUCACAGCUAUCCUGGCAGCUUUGCUAAUUGUAUGCAUAUUCUAUCAGAGGAAACGUGUUUCCAGCGGUGGCUGACUGUGGAGAGAAAAUUCGCUCUUCAAAAAAUGGACUCAAUGCUUUCAUCAGAAGCUGCCUGGGUAUCCCAGUAUAAGGACAUCACGGAUGUGGAUGAGAUGAAAGUCCCAGACUGCGCAGAAACGUUUAUGACUCUCCUCUUGGUUAUAACUGACAGGUAUAAAAAUCUUCCCACAGCUUCCCGAAAGCUGCAGUUCCUGGAGUUACAAAAGGAUUUAGUAGAUGAUUUUAGGAUACGAUUAACCCAGGUGAUGAAAGAAGAGACGAGAGCAUCCCUUGGCUUUCGGUAUUGUGCAAUUCUCAAUGCUGUUAACUACAUCUCAACAGUGCUAGCAGACUGGGCUGACAACGUUUUCUUUCUACAACUUCAGCAGGCAGCACUGGAGGUCUUUGCAGAGACCAACACACUCAGCAAGUUGCAGCUGGGACAGCUAGCCUCUAUGGAGAGCUCUGUCUUUGAUGACAUGAUUAACCUUUUAGAGCGUUUAAAGCAUGACAUGUUGACUCGCCAAGUUGCUCAUGUUUUUAGAGAGGUUAAGGAUGCUGCAAAAUUGUAUAAAAAAGAAAGAUGGUUGUCUUUGCCAUCUCAGUCCGAGCAGGCAGUAAUGUCCCUGUCCAGUUCAGCGUGCCCAUUAUUGCUCACCUUACGAGACCGUUUGCUUCAGCUCGAGCAGCAACUUUGUUUCUCCUUGUUUAAAAUGUUCUGGCAAAUGCUUGUGGAGAAGCUGGAUAUAUACAUCUACCAAGAGAUCAUUCUUGCUAAUCACUUCAAUGAAGGAGGCGCUGCUCAGCUGCAGUUUGAUAUGACUCGGAAUCUUUUCCCUUUGUUUUCCCACUAUUGCAAGAGACCAGAGAAUUAUUUCAAGCAUGUAAAAGAAGCUUGUAUUGUCUUGAAUUUGAACAUUGGUUCAGCCCUACUCCUGAAAGAUGUACUACAGUCAGCUCCCGAGCAACCUCAUGCGACAGCGGCAUUAAAUGAAAUGGGAAUUUAUAAACUGGCUCAACAAGAUGUUGAGAUUCUACUUAAUUUGAGAACAAACUGGCCUCAUACUGGAAAAUAAGACAAGUCUUUCAAGAAAAACUUUUUUGGGAUUUUUCUUGUUUGUUUUUUUUACAAAGAAGAAGCCAAUUGGAUUUCAAGUUCUGCAAUAAUGUUCUGUAUUCAUGAAAAUGGACAACUAAAAACCUUAUUGGAAUCAUUUAUUGUCUUGGAAUUAAGGUGUUAUUAAAAUGAUGACCAUAGAGCUCGAAACCUCUUGUCCCUAAGAAAACAAAAACAAAAUAUUCAGAAGCUAUGAAAACUUGGUAACUCCAUUUAUAAAUAUAAAUGCCAACAUGUCUGUUGAAGAAAAUACAAGAGCAGAGUUAAUAAAUUAUGACUGGCUUUUCAUAUCCUGUACUAAUUAACGGAGAUAAUCAAACAUAGCAAAUAAAUUUGUUUUUAAGUC